AACGCAAAGCUGAAGAGGAGAGUGUCUCUGACACUGCUCUGCUGUCUCUAGACCCCAAAAAAACAGUUUAAGGAUUUUUUUGAAGGUGAACACUCACCAGCAACAGAACCGACUGAAUAGUCACAUGAGAACACGACAUAUGGUGUCUUAGAAGCUGCUUUUGAACUCUUGGAUAUGGCGAGAUUUUUUGCGCUAGAACCCUUGGUUUUGGUCCUAUGCUUGGUCUUAUUCCCUCAGUCAGACUCCUCCACUUUUCCCAAAGCAUCAAACACACCUGCAGACACCACCGAAGUCACAGACCCCUCACCCGCACACACGGCUCCACAAGUCACAAAAUCAAGCAAAACAGCCACAAGCCCCUCACCCUCACUCACUUCUACCCCAGUCCCUAAAUCAAGUGAAGCAGUCACAGACCCCUCACCCGCACACAUGGCUCCACAAGUCACAAAAUCAAGCAAAACAGCCACAAGCCCCUCACCCUCACUCACUUCUACCCCAGUCCCUAAAUCAAGUGAAGCAUGUUCUUCUGACUCACCCACCACCAUGCAACCCACUUCACCUACUUACACCGCCUUACCUACAGGUGGAGCUAAGAAUGGUACAAACACUCAUUCAGACUCCUCCACUCUCUCCAACACAACAAUCACGCCUGCAGAUACCACCAAAGGGACAUUUGCAGACCAGACAAACACAUCAAUCUCACCCGCACUCACCAACUCACAACAACAAAACACCAGCACCACUGCAGAUAAAAUCCUGACAUCCUCACCCGCACCCACCUUGCAACAACACAACAUAAGCACUGCUGCAGGGAGUAUUACUGAUAAUAACCAAACAAACACUUCAGUCUCACUCCCACACACCACCUCGCAACAACAAAACACAAGCACCACUGCAGGAAAUUUUACUGAACCUAAUAACCAGACAAACACAUCAAACUUGCCCGCACGCAUCACCUUGCAACAACAAAACACCAGCACCACUGCAGGGAAGGUUUUUGAUUCUCGGUGUCAAAAUCUGAACAACACACAUGAAGCAAACUCAACCUCAUGCACCACUUCAAACCAACACAACACCAGCACCACCACUGCUACAGGCCUCUCACCCACAAGCACUCCAUCACAACCCCCAUCAAUAACAGUGAAAGAUGUAGGGAAUGACACCACCUCACAUCCAAGCACUGGAUCUCCCAACUCCAGCUCAACCUCACCCUCACCCACAUUCACCACCACAUUAAACAACACCACCAUGGGUCCCACAAAAUGUCAGUACAUCCUUACAGACAGUAAGAAUGAAGCAGAAGUCAUUGUGGAGAUUAUCAAUGACUCCAGUUUCCCAACGUACAGACUCAGAUUGAUGAACAAUCAGAACAACACUUUGUUUGAGAGAAAAGGACCUUCUCCAUUCAAAAUACCGUUUAAAAGCUUAAAACCAUGUACUGAUUACACUGUCACAGUUGAUGAAUGUCAGCUUACAGAAAACCUUAUUCAUUUCAAUGUCAAUAAAAGUACAAGCCAUUCUGCAGAACUUGAGGGGGAAAAGAAAGUGUGUUUUAAAGAUAGCAAAUGGAAUCUGUCAAAAUGUGUUGAUAUAACAGAUAACACCUCCUGUGUUCAGAAGGCCAUUGGCAUUGAACUAGACAAAUGCAACUAUACAAUGAAUGUUGACAUGCCCCCAGUCAAACCUGAAAUAAACUUCACUGAAACUAUCCCCACUCAGUUUGAGUGGUGUAAUAAACCAAGAAACUGUCAGGGAAACAAUUUUAAGGUCCACUGCUCUGGUAAUGAAGGCAAAUCCGAGCAACAUAACUUGAAAAAGGAUGUGUUUUUGGUGCCUUCUGAAAUGUACAACUGCACUGGAAAAUAUGAAUUGAACAAUACAGUCGUUCAAAGCAAUCACAGACUAAUUAACAUCAACUGCGAUUUUGAUAAUAAAACUGAGUUACCUGUAAUAACCUACAACUCAGCUAAGAUUCCAUGGACUCUAUCCUCAAAGAACAAAUGUUCAAGUAUUGAAUUUACAUUUUCAGGCAUUUGUGAAAGUUCUGAAGCUCAAAGUGUUAAAGUCAAAGAUUGUUCCAGGGGAGACUCAACUGGAAAGGGAAGUUGCACAUUUGAAGUACUUGCAUUUACCAGCUAUACAUGUGUUAUUACAGCCAAAAACAACGACCUAAUUUAUACAAUUUCAUAUACCAUAAAUACACCUUCUCACAAGCCCAAACUUGUGGAGCCAGAUGUAAUGGUAUGGGGCACAUCUCACAACUCUUUUUAUGUGAACUGCAAGAACUUGAGUGGAAAUGAUUGGAAUGGAAAGAAGGGAAACUAUACAGCCAAUCUCAUAAACAAAGGCAUAACUGAAAAAAAUCUAACUAAUAAGGACUGUUCAUUUUCAUUUGAAAAUCUUUACUACCACACGGAAUAUAAUAUUGAGAUUACAGCCAUGAAUGGAAACGGCAAUACGUCCACUGUUAAAAUGACCAGAUACACUACAUAUAAUGAUAAGGCUGUCAUCGGAUUCUUGGUGUUCCUCAUCCUUGUGACGUCACUUGCGCUCCUUUUUGUGUUAUACAAAAUGUUCCUGCUCAAAAGAAAACGGAGUGCUGAAGAUGAAGAGAUUCCUCUUACUCCAGAACCGCUGCGCAGAGUUGAGCCCAUCUAUGCCGAGGGUUUGGUGGAAGCUUACGUGAGCAAGAUCGCUGAUGAGAGCCGUCUGUUUAUGGAUGAGUUUCAGAGCAUUCCCCGCAUUUUCUCCAAUUACACCAUCAAAGAAGCGAAGAAACAGGAAAACCAGUCCAAGAACCGCUACGUUGACAUUCUGCCUUAUGACUAUAAUCGGGUUACUCUCUCAGCUGGAGGCGAAGACGACUACAUCAAUGCCAGCUUUAUCGAGGGAUAUCAAGAGCCAAAGAAAUACAUUGCAGCCCAAGGACCCAAGGAUGAGACUGUUUGUGACUUUUGGCAAAUGGUUUGGGAGCAAAAGUCAUCCAUUAUUGUCAUGGUCACCCGUUGUGAGGAAGGAAACAAGAUCAAAUGCGCUCAGUACUGGCCAUCUCUGGACAGAGAGACUGAGAUUUUUGACGAUUUUGUGGUGAAAAUCCGAUCUGAGCAACAUUGCCCUGAUUACACCAUACGCCAUCUGAUCCUGAACAAUAAGCGAGAGAAGGCCUCAGAAAGAGAAGUCACUCAUAUCCAGUUCAUUAGCUGGCCUGACCAUGGUGUGCCUGGAGACCCCUGCCUGCUUCUGAAGCUCAGGAGAAGAGUCAACUCCUUCAAGAACUUCUUCAGUGGCCCAGUUGUGGUCCACUGCAGUGCAGGGGUCGGCCGCACAGGAACAUAUAUCGGCAUUGAUGCAAUGAUUGAAUCUCUCGAGGCAGUGGGCAGAGUGGAUAUCUAUGGAUACGUAGCAAAACUACGUCGCCAGCGUUGCCUCAUGGUUCAAGUGGAGGCCCAGUACAUACUGAUCCACACUGCUCUGAUUGAGCACAACCAGUUUGGAGAGACCGAGAUCUCACUGUCUGAAUUCCACUCAGCGCUCAACACUCUCAAACAGAAAGAUGGCAGUGACCCCAGUUUGCUUGAAAUGGAGUUCCAGAAACUGCCCAAAUUUAAAAAAUGGAGAACGUUUAACACGGGAAGCAGCGAGGACAACAAGAAGAAAAACCGCUACUCAGAUGUUAUCCCAUAUGACUUUAACAGAGUCCUGUUUAGACUGGACAUUGAGGGCAACCAGACCAGUGAUCCAGAGGAUGAGGACGAGUAUUCAUCAGAUGAGGAAGAAGAAUCUAAUGAAUACAUCAACGCCUCAUUCAUUGCUGGCUACUGGUGUCACAAGAGUCUGAUCGCAGCACAGGGGCCUUUACCAAACACGACGGCAGAGUUCCUGCUCAUGCUGUACCAGCAACAAACUAAAACACUGGUCAUGCUCACAGACUGCCAAGAAGACGGCAAUGAUUAUUGCUAUCAGUACUGGGGAGAUGAAAAGAAAACAUUCGGAGACAUGGAAAUUGAGGUAAAAAAGACAGAAAGCUUUCCAAUGUAUGUGAGACGGCGUCUGGAAAUACAGUCCACAAAGAAGACAGACGUCUUAGAGGUGGAUCAGUACCAGUUCCUGAAAUGGAAAGGCCGUGAGCUUCCGGAGAACGCUCAGGAGUUAAUAGAGAUGAUAAGGGUCAUCAGAGAAAACGGCAAUUAUGACAACAGCAGAAUGAACCGGAACAUCCCCAUGGUGGUGCAUUGCAACAAUGGAUCGUCGCGUACCGGAAUCUUCUGUGCCUUAUGGAACCUCUUGGACAGCGCAUACACAGAGAAGCUGGUGGACGUCUUUCACGUAAUCAAAAACUUGCGCAAGGAGAGACAGAGGAUUGUGGAAACAAUCGAGCAGUACCAGUUCCUCUACACGGCUCUAGAGGGCGCUUUCCCGGUGCAAAACGGCGCCGUCAAGACGCCACCGGCAAACGACACCACGCAGGUCAUCAACGAAACCACGGCGCUUCUCGACGAGCCCAACAGCCCUUCCGGUGCUGACCAGAGGGAGGCGGAAGAGAGCCAAUCCGCAGAGAGCAGCGAGCAGGAAGCCAAGGAGAGCAGCACUGCUGAGGCUCCACCAGCAGAGGGAGAGAAACCCAGCACCACCAACGGCCCUGCCGCCACCGUAGAGCUUUAAGCAUUUUGGGGGCUAAAAUAUUUUCGCCAAUUUGACACCAAGUGUCAAGGAGUGAUUUUUUUUUUAAUGCUUUUGAUUUCUUGUGUUACAUUUGAGUUUCAUUGUACAUUAAAUGUUAGAUCCGAGUUUUUUGUGGAGAAUUCGGGUUAGGAUCUGACUGAUCCAUUAAAGCGUACGUUUCUGCCUCAGGUUUCGGUAUGGAUUUUCUGUAUAGGCUAAUGAUGCUGUUUGUGUGAAAUCGGUGCAUAUUGAUAUUGUUUAUUCACAUGUGUAAAGGAUUUGCUUUAUGGUUUGAUUUUUAGGCUAUCAAAUUGCGUUUUGAAUGUAUUUGUAAUAUAACCUUACAGACGAUAUUUUCUGGUUUUUUUUAAUUAUUAUUUUUAGUUUGGAAACUGUAUCAAAGCACAGCCUUAUUGCAUCUAAAUUAUAGUGCCUGAAAUGUUUGAUGGAAGUGAGUGUUUUUAUGUUCGAGAACAACCAAAAAAAUGGCAAAGAUGAUUUUGCACUACAGGGCUGUCAUCAAACUGUCUUUCAUUUCACAGUUCCCCCCCGAUUCGCUUAAUACGUAUUUGACUUUAAGCAGAUGUAACUUAACAAAAAAAGAAUAAAGGAUA